AUGUUUGAGAUACUUGUAUUGACGCUCGCUCUUCUGACAACUGACGUAUCAUCAAAUGGUGUUCCACGUUUGGGGCCCGUUUUCUCAGUGGAACCCCCAGCCGUGGUCCGCUAUGCUGCGUCUGCUGGAACGAGGGUAUCAUGUUCAGCCCGUGGUGACCCCACCCCAAGGGUCACCUGGCUCAAUGAAGACGGCUCACAGCUUACUGAUGCAUCAGGGAUCAGGCGUGUAUACGGUAACGGUACAUUGGAAGUAUUUCCUUCGAAUUCUUACGAGUCUUCAACGAUGACGGUGAGGUGCCGCGCGGCCAACCCUCACGGAGCUAUCAUCUCAAGAGAUGUCACACUACAUCCAGUGGCCGACACAAAGUGGGAGGUGGUGAUGUCUGGAGGGUCUGUGUCAGCUGGAGGUGUCGCCGCUCUAUGGUGUCGCCCGGAAACAGAACAUGGUCACUCAUUGGCUACACCAGCUCUGUUCUACCGAGGGGAUCGAGUUAUGCACAUAGAUCCACCUUCACCAGAUGCACGAUAUUUGUUGGCGGGAUCAGCGCUUUUGAUCCGCGAUGCAACGCCCACGGACGCAGGUUCCUACAGCUGCCUCGCACGACACGCGCUCACUGCGCUCACAAAGCGCUCACGACCCGCCCAUCUAAAUGUGCUCACGGGCUCUUCGAAUUCACCGCCUCGUCUUGUUGCGACGGAGACUGAUGUCACCGUGCCCGCCGGCGCCACUUUCUGUAUGCCCUGCGUCGCCUCCGACUACCCACCGCCGCAAUACACUUGGUACCGAGAAAGAAACGGGCGCCUUCAACCAGUAGAACCGAAUCCAUCUGUAUGGCUAUGGGCCGGCGGAGCAGCGCUGUGUUUUACGAGGGUCUCCCGCGACGCGAAUGGCGCAUGGCUCUGCAAGGCUUACAACGUGUUCGGAGACGCUACUGCCCAAAUGAGAAUAGAAGUUGAAGAUACCUUUAGUGUCAGCGUGGACCCGAGCGUUGUAGUAGCAGAAGCCGGUAGCACAGUUCGCCUCAACUGUACUGCCACCGACCCAUCAGCUACUCUGCGCUGGGCUCACAAUGGAGCUGUAGUCUCUACGGGCGGUGAAUCCUUGAUACUGCGGGGACUUGCGAGAGCUCACGCCGGCUUAUAUCAAUGCCUCGCGAGACGCGGCAGUCGAACUGAACAAGCAGCUGCUGAGAUACGACUUGGAGACUCGCCUCCAGAGUUGCAAUACACUUUCAUCGAGCAAGCUUUACGUGCUGGUAGUAGCGUUACAUUAAGAUGUAUAGCUGCUGCUUCACCUCCACCAAGAAUCUCCUGGCUACUAGAUGAUCAUCCCCUUGAUCACUUUAUUGCUCAUCACAGAUACUCGAUUAGUGAAGAAGCCUCCGUGCAAGGAGAGGUCGUGUCAGUUUUAAACGUUACAUCAGCGACGGCUGCGGACGGCGGGCGUUACUCAUGUCGUGCUUCUAAUCCGCUCGGUGCUGUCGAACAUUCAGCCAGAUUAAAUAUAUAUGGGCCGCCAUCAAUCCGUCCGAUAAGCACAAUACGAGCAGUGGCCGGGGAGAACCUCACACUGCACUGCCCCUACGCCGGAUAUCCGAUCAGUUCAGUGUCGUGGUGGCGACGUGGAGCGGCAGCAGCAUUAGGCAGCUCCGGGCGAGCCAUUAUGCUUGCAGUGUCACUGCCCCAUCUGGACCAGCUGCGAACACGAGAUGUUGAAAUACAAGUUAGAAAUCCGCCAAAAAUAUCACCAUUCAUGUUUUCAUCAGAACUAACAGAAGGUAGUUCGGUUCAAGUACUUUGCGGGGUUUCUUCUGGUGAUAAACCUGUUUAUUUCUCUUGGUUGAAAGACGGUUCUCCUCUCCUCCCCACUUUACAGAUAGAAGAAAAAAGUCUCAAUGACUUUUCCUUGCUAAUGUUCCCGGAACUUUCGGCGCGUCACAGCGGAUCUUAUACUUGUCGCGUUUCCAACCACGCAGCAACAGUCAAUUACACCGCUACGCUCAGUGUAAAAGUUGCACCUAUUUGGGUAACAGAACCAUUAGACUCAGCGGUUCUCUUGGGUGCACCCCUACUACUAGAAUGCACUGCGAAAGGACAUCCGACUCCCACUGUCACAUGGUAUAGAAGAAUCGGGGAAGGAAUAAGUGGUAUUGAAAACUCUGAACGCUGGGAAGCCGCCGGUUCAGAGUGGAAUGCUGAAAGUAGUGCAUUAAGGAACUCUGAUGACUUAACCAGCGCCGUUGAUACUAGUGGCCAUGGAGGCAAAGGAAGCAGUUCAUUGACUGCGCGAUCAGCAGCACGAUCACAUCAAGGCUUAUACAGAUGCAUCGCUGAUAACGGUGUUGGACCACCGUUAGUUAAACAUGUCAAUGUGACAGUACACGAACCAGCCCACUUCAGUUCUCCGAGUGAUUCGCUCCGUAACGUGUCGAGUGUUCGCGGUCGUGGCGUCACUCUUAGCUGUCUCGCGCUUGGUGACGCACCGCUCACAAUACAUUGGACACAUCGCGGCAAUAAAUUGGACCUUGAUUCGUAUAGAUGGACGAUAUCAGAGGUACGUACAAGUGAGGGAGUGCGGUCUUCUCUCCAAUUACGUGCGGCGGAGCGUCGUGAUGCUGGCGAGUAUAGGUGUCACGCGCGCAACCAAUAUGGACGUGCUGAUAUACUAAUGUUCCUGCAAGUAGAAGAGCCACCAGAAGCCCCACGUUCGAUUCAGCUGUGGGGUGCGGGGUCACGAUGGGUGCGGGUUCGAUGGCUCGCAGUACCAUCGCCUCGAACACACUUUGCCGCGAUAUGCACCCCUUUGCACUCAUUACCAACGCUAAACUCUCUACCCUCUUCUGACCAUUCCACACAUCAUUAUAACCUUACGCUAGAAGCAACAGAUAAUAAUGGGGUUGCCGCUGAUGGUUUUCAUCUACUAAGUGCAAAAUUAGAAGGUUUAAGACCAGCAGCCGCUUAUUCAUUACGGGUGGUGGCAACUAAUCAUGUUGGACAAUCGCCUCAUUCAGAUGCACUUCUAUUUACUACUCUUGAAGAAGCACCGUUAGGACCACCACAAAAUAUUAGAGUGAGACCGAUUAAUACUGGAGAAUUACAUGUGUCGUGGACGGCUCCAGCUCAAGAUUCCUGGAACGGCGAACUAUUAGGUUAUGCAAUUACAUGGCGGGAGGUAGGUCGUGUGGAGGGUGGAAGUAGUGAGGAUGGACGAGAUGAUGGAAGACGGGCUGGUACCACUGUGGCUCGUGGAUGGAGCACAGUGGAACUGACGGUAGGAGGACUUAGACAGUUCGCAAGAUAUGCGCUCUCGGCUCGAGCAUUCAACAGGGCAGGACCUGGGCCUCCAUCGACUACUGCCUAUGCCACAACUGCCGAUGGUGUUCCGGAAGAACCACCAAAUUCAGUAUCCUGUGAGGCUAUAUCAGCGAGGUCGUUACGUGUUCGAUGGUCAUCUCCACCACAUUCGCACACCCAAACCAUACAGGGUUAUGAUCUUCAUUAUGCACCUUUACAUUUUUCCCAAUCGUGGAGUGGUGCGAUAGGCUCUGAGGUAGCUAGAGCUGCUGCUGCAGGAGAGGCAGUACUUCAGGGUUUGAGGGCAGCCACCAAUUAUUCUGUGUCAGUGCGAGCUAGAUCUGACAGGGGCGCGGGUCCACCUUCCCAACCAGCAUAUUGCCGAACUACUGAUGAUGUACCCGGCGCACCGGAACUAAUCCGAGCUUUAGCAGCGGGGCCUGAUGCAGUACGCGUAUCUUGGAUAGCACCGACCGAACGAGGAGGCUUACUUUCGCACUACAUGCUAUAUACGAGGGAACUUGGCAAAGUUGGAGGAGAGUGGUCGCAGCGUGUAGAAGCAAAUGAACAAAGUGAAGGGAAUAUUGAGGAGGGUGGGGAAGUAUGGCAUGAAGUACGUGGCUUGCGUGAACGUGCGGUUUAUGAAUUCUGGGUACGCGCUUCCACUACUGCUGGGGCUGGACCGGCCAGUCGAGCUGUAACCGCGGCACCCUCACAAUUAUUAUCAGCAAGAAUCUCAUCAUUGGGUCGCUUAGUAACGGCAGCAGUAGGCGCGCGGGUCCGGUUACGUUGUUCAGCAUUAGGAGUACCACCAAUUUCGCGUCGAUGGACACCUCUACCUCAUGCACACACUAUCACUGAUACUGGAGAUUUGAUUAUACACAAAGUCGAGCACCACUCGGCCUUGAACUAUUCGUGUUCGGUUCGUAACUCUGCGGGCGGUGACGCGGCGGUAUUUGCGUUGCGUGUACUCCGACCUCCCGCUGCGCCUGUACCGCGUCUUGCCCGCGCCGACACUCACGCCUUACAUCUUGCAUGGGAUCCACCUUUUGAUGGCGGUGCUUCCAUCUUGGGUUACACUAUGUGGUGGUGGCGUGGCUGGGAUAUCGGAGGAGGAAAAGGAGAAAUUAUUCCAAUUAGUGAAAUAGACGCAAACGCUCGAUGGUGGCGUGUGGGUGGGGAGGUGCGAGGUGCGGCGCUUCGUGGGCUCGCGUGCGGCGCUCCAUACUAUGUCGCCAUGAGAGCACACAACGCGGUCGGUGCUUCUGCACACUCCAGGCCUGUCAUUCUACAUACAAGAGGAGAAAAGGCGAGGGCUCCGACUGGCAAGGAGUGUAUAUGGGCGAACAGCACGGCGCUACGUGUGGCACUUCUUGCAUGGGGAGGACGCUGUGCUGUGGCCCGCUUCAGUCUGGCCUUGAGAAGAGCCGGCGUAGGAGAUGCUUGGAUUGAUCUGUUAUCAGAUGGAGAAGUUGCCGAAGCGAAUAAUUUGGAGCCGGGAACUUGGUAUGAAAUUCGAGUCUUAUCACACUCACCAGCGGGAGACACACCAGCACUUUAUAAGGCUGCAACACAUACAAUGAAUGGAGAACGUAUCGGUGAACCGAUAGAGUUACCUUUAGAAGCUCGUAUGAGUGCAUCAGACGCGGGAGGUAGUAUGGGCAGCUCGUCAGGGACAGCUUGGUGGAGAAAUGCCAUUGGAGCGGCCGCAGUGUUACUAGGCGUUACUUUGCUGGCGUUGAUAGCCACGGCCACACUUCUCGCGUGCCGACGCCGUUCCAAUCCAUCUACAAAUCCUUUACACGAUGCUCAUACUCAACCGUUAUAUGUAGCUCAACCAACUCAAACGAAUGGAAAAACAAUAACGCCUCCUGACGGCAACAUGCACGAGAUCAGUCCGUACGCGACGUUCAGCAUGUCAUCUGGUGGUGAUGGGGCUCGCUCGUGUGCACUCCACCUUAGAUCAUUCGCUCGGGAUCCUCUCGAGCUGGCGGCCCCACCACCGCGACCACAUUUACUGGCUCAUCCCAAUGAUUAUGGAUGCGUUCGAGAUAGUGAUUCAGAGUCUAGCGGCUCACCCUGUGCCGCGUGUGCCGCCGAAUUGUACCGACUACCCGCAGCAAGGCUUUCAGGUAAUAUACAUAACACGCUACCGGCUGGCAGCGUAGGCGCAGCCGAGUCUAGUACUGAAGACGGUUCAUACGGCGGCGCGCCUCGCCCACGUGAAUCUCAACCACGACCGCGUGCAAGACGACGUGACCAUACGCGAGACACUCGUGACACUCGUGACACACGGGACACACGGGACACACGGGACGGACGGGACGGACGGGACACCCGUGAUCCGACCCGCCCUCAUCAACCCACAGUCAGGUACAAAAGCUAUUACCAAACAGUGACACGAUGGCACGUGAUUCGAUGCGAACGAGUUCAAAUAACAUUCGACUUAGGCGAAAUAUAG